AUGGGACCUUUGAGACCAUUUAUCGGUACAAGCUCUGGAACGAGAGCAGUAGUUGGUGAAGAAAAUAGACCCGAUUGUCUGGAAACUGAAGCGCCAUAUACUUCUGCUAGAGUAGAUGAAGAAAUUUUGUUGGAUAGAUCAAAUGAACAGGAAACUGACGAUGGCACUACCGGUACACCAACUGACGAUGACACUACUGGUGGUGCUGGAGCACUUCAAGAUUAUUUUAUGAGGAUGCAGUACAAGAAUAACGGAUUUUUUGCAUUGAUGGAUUUAGACGAUGAAGGAAGUGAGGACACGGAGACCUUUACAUGGUUAUUCCAAACCUGGUUAGAGUGUAUGGACGGUAUAGCUCCAAAGGCUAUUAUUACUAAUCAAGACAGAGCAAUGAAAAAUAUAAUUGCUACUGUCUUUCCAGAAACUCGACAUAGAUUAUGCCUAUGGCAUAUACUGAAGAAAGUCUAUGAGAAGCUUGGGUCAUAUGCUGCAUACAGAAGUGGGCUGAAAACUCAAUUGAUGAAAUGUGUGUACGAUACACAAACUAUUGAGGAGUUUGAGACAUGUUGGGCCGAGUUUAUUAACACAUAUGACUUACAUGAGAAUCCAUGGUUGAAAAGUUUAUAUGCGGAGCGUGAGCAUUGGGAGUUUGUCGACCAGUUUGACAGUGCGCUGAAAAAGAAAAUUGAUAAUGAAAAUCAUGCGGAAUUACAGUCAUUUAGCCAGGUCAUUCCCUGUGUAUCUAGAUCUCCAAUUGAAAAGAAAUUCCAAGAAUUGUAUACUAACGCUAAAUUUAGGGAACUGCAGCAGCAAGUAAUAGGUGUACUUGAUUUGGAUCCAUCUCUACUUACAUCGGAUGGUGUAAUGAAGAGUUAUUUAGUAGAAGAUGAAGUUCGUAUUGAGGAGUUCAGUAAAAUGGUUACAUAUUCAGUGGACUUUAAUGUAGAAGACUGCAAUGCUAAGUGUUCAUGUGGGUUAUUUCAGAUGAGGGGGAUACUGUGUAGGCAUAUUUUGGCCGUAUUCAAAUCUAACGGUAUAAAAUCAUUGCCAAGCCGGUACAUUUUAGACCGAUGGAGAAAGGACAUCAAGAGGCGAUACACGUUAAUCCGCAGUAGCUAUAACGCAGGGGAUCAGAGGCCUAAUGAUUCGAAUGCUGGUUAUAUGACACUGGACACAACUGCAGUUGCUGGUUCACAACAAGUCAAGAGUCCACUUGUUGUCAGAGGGAAAUGA